AUGGAUCCUUCUGUCGCACAUCGCCCAUGGGAGGCGGUCUCAGGGCCUCAGUCGAGUGCAGGCUCAACACAAACCCUCCCCUCUAUCUCGACCCUCACCGCGAAUAUGCCUGGGACCGGAGCCCCAGCGGAGAAAUCCCCCGGGAAUGCCUCACUGAACACGAUUGAGCGUGACUCGGGGAAUUGGUCAAUGCCGCAAAGCACAAGUAGGAGACCCUCACCUAGUAUGGAAUGGGAGCGGCGCGGUGCUGACCAUGUAGGAUCGUCCACCUACUCCACGGCGACCAAUGGCACCGGCAACAAUUAUCCCUGCCUCAGCUUCAUAUCCGCGUCGCAACCCUCGCCGAGUCGCGGACACCCGGCUGUCGACCGAUCGCCUUACCCCCACGAGCAAUCCACCACCCCUUCCUCCGCCGGCACUCAACAACCCUCUCCAAACUUUAGCCAGCCGACUUCCACCCUCCCCUCCAUCAAUCAGAACUAUGAAGCCCCCUCUCAACGAGCAAGUGUGGCAGAGACCGAAUCCCGGCGCAGCAGUGUCGACAGUCGCAUGAACCAGGGAAUCAGUUCUCUGGCUAUCAACCCAGCCUCGCCUUACCACAGCACCAAUGCAUCCCAAUCAUCGAUUGUUUCCAGUCUACAAAGGGAGCGAGGGAUUCCGACCGACAUGAAUUCAUAUCGGGGACCUCGGUACUCAGGAGGCAGUCAGCCACUCUCUCCACUGGGCCCUCGCGCAACCGACCAACAGCGGAGUUUCGCAGCCGGUCGCACUGCUCCGGCCAUUUCCUCGAAUCCCCGGUCGGAGAUUUACAACGCUGAAGCACCCACGGCGGGUAUGGCAUAUGCCUUCCCGGACCCGGACAUGGCGCGCUCAAGCUCCGUAUCCUCGAAGGGAGAGUCCGACCGCCCGUUCUCCCGAAAAGGUAGCAUGGCGGAGUCUAUGAAUAGCAUGUACUCGGAACGGAUGCCACGAGGACAACACGACCUACCCCAAAAUGUACACCACCACCACUCCCUCCAACACAAGGCAGUGCGAGAGUUGAUCGGCGAAGAAGAUGGACCGGCCGGCAGCACACCGUACAGCCGCACGCCCGAACUACGCGUAACCCACAAACUAGCGGAGCGCAAACGGCGCAGCGAAAUGAAAGACUGCUUCGAAGCGCUCCGGCUGCGCCUACCACCGGGCCAGACCAACAAAUCCAGCAAAUGGGAAACACUGACACGGGCAAUUGAUUAUAUAGCCAUGCUGGAGAAAACCGUCGCGCAAUCGCAGCGCGACCGGGCCGUCAUGCAGUCCGAGAUGGAUGAGAUGCGCGCCCAGCUCAACCAGCAAGCCAAUGGCGUCUCCCGCCCCCCAUCAAUCUUCGAGCACCACCAAAUGAGCUCCAACCCGGUCAAUGGCCAGGGCCCUGUCUUCAGUGGGUUCGGCAAUGGCGUGACUCAGGAGCAGCCGCGCACGUUACCGCCCCUUAUAAAUGGCUCGAGUGCGCCUAUGCAGGGCAUUGAGUAUGAGCGGCGGUAG